GCAAUGACCUGGUAAAUCUGCCCCCUCUGACACAAACCAAAAUGGCUGCCACCAUCGGAAGACUACUCAGGACCUCUGCAAAGGUUGCAGCAGGAGGAUUAAAAGUCACAGCAGCCGGUCAACAUGGAAGAAUCCUCACCGCUCCGUCACUCCAGAGCACCUGUUUCUCUACCAGCCCUUCCUGGUGGAGCCCUGCUGUCACUCAGCCUGCUCCGGCCUUCAAGGCCACAGCUGUCCACAAUGGGGAGUUCAAGGAGAUGAGCCUCGCUGAUUUCAAGGGCAAAUACCUGGUCCUCUUCUUCUAUCCACUGGAUUUCACCUUUGUGUGUCCAACGGAGAUCAUCUCAUUCAGCGACAAGGCCAGUGAGUUCCACGACAUCAACUGUGAGGUGGUGGGCGUGUCUGUGGACUCUCACUUCACCCACCUGGCAUGGAUCAACACGCCUCGCAAGACUGGAGGCUUGGGCCACAUCCACAUCCCCCUCCUGUCUGACCUCACCAAACAGAUCUCUAGAGACUAUGGGGUGCUGCUGGAGGGUCCAGGCAUUGCACUUAGGGGCCUGUUUCUCAUUGAUCCAAACGGUUUGGUGAGACACAUGAGUGUGAACGACCUUCCAGUCGGUCGUUGUGUUGAAGAGACGCUUCGUUUGGUUAAGGCGUUCCAGUUUGUGGAGACCCACGGUGAGGUGUGUCCGGCCAGCUGGACCCCCAAGUCCCCAACGAUCAAACCAACCCCAGAAGGAUCCAAGGAGUACUUUGAAAAAGUCAACUGAAGAAGAAGUUCACAACUCGUACAUCUAGAAAUAUAGUUUAUACAUUGUAUUUACUCAUUUACAGCUGAAUGCACUAAUAAAUCAAUUAUUUGUAAAUGGUAGCACUUUGUUUUGAUUGAUCCAGAUAAUGGAUGAACUGUAUGGUCAAUGUGACUGUAAAACACAUGAAAGUGCGUAAUUUACGGUAAGGACAUGUGACAUUUAAUUAUUUUAUAAUUAUAUAGCAUGUCGAAAAAAAUCUUUAAAAAGUCAUAGUAAAGUAUUAUUGAAAAAAGUAUGAUUUGUUAAAAAAUGUAAUAAAAAGUCAUAGUACUAUUACUUCUUUAUUGCAUUUACAAUUACUUUUCUAUGACAUACAAUACUAGGAUAUUUUUGCUGACGUAUAUUUUUUUUAGAAAUUUUUGACUGACUAAAAAUUGGUAUUUUUAAAUAAAUUGUAUAUAUUAUACACUAGUACUCUUUUAUGGCAUAAAAUACUAUAUUUUCAUGACAUUUGUAUAACUCUUUCAUAGCAUACUAUACACAAUAUUUCUUACGACAUACUUGACAUAGUAUAUUAUGAAAGUUUCAUGGCAUUCUAAUCUGAAAAGAAUAUCAAAGUAUGGAAACAAUAUUUUGUCUCGGCUCUCGUCCCAGAGGCGGCUGAGCUGCUUUAUCACAAGCCUGUUAAUUUACACAUUCAAGCAUCUUUCUCUCAGUGAUUCUUCACCAACUGUCCUUUUCUGUAAUAAACAGUUCAGAGUGUGUUGCUUUUAGCCCGGAGUAUGACCAUCUUCUUCAUAUUUGUGUAAUAUUAUGCAACUAUUAUAACGACCGUGCACUUCGCUUU